AUGGCUGUCUCAGUGCUGCGGACGACAGUGGUCCUGGGAUUGCUUGCUUUAAUCCUGACUUCCCAUGCCCGUAAUAAAUAUGACAAACCAGAUGACCAGCCAGAUGACUCAGGCAAAAAACCAAAGCCAGACUUCCCAACAUUCCUAAACAACUUGGGCACAGAGAUCAUUGAGAAUGCAGUGGAGUUCAUCCUCCGCUCCAUGGGGAGGAACUUAGGAUUUAUGGAAUUUGAUGAUAAACGAGAACAUUCAUCAAAGUGA